AUGAGUUCGAGCCAUUUCUGUUCAGUCACCUUCCCUGCCAUCUUGAUCCUGGAGCUGGUGAUUGCGAGCUUCGCUUCCUGUAGCGCUCCAGGGAACGAGACCGAUAAAAUUGCUCUGCAAGAAUUCAGGUCCCUCUUAACAGAUGAUUCUGCAGGAACCUUGGCCUCCUGGAAUGAUUCCCUCCAUUUCUGCCGAUGGCCUGGAGUCACUUGUGGUCUCAGACACCAACGGGUCACCGCCUUGAACCUAGAUGGACGAGAUCUGGCUGGGACCGUGUCCCCUUAUAUUGGAAACCUUUCGUUCCUCCGAUACCUGAACCUCGCAAACAACUCUUUCCAUGGUUUCAUUCCUCCUGAAAUCGGGCGCUUGUUCAGGCUUAAAAACCUGAUCUUGAGCCACAACGCCUUAGGAGGUGGAAUUCCUAGAAAUCUCUCCCUGUGUCUUAGCCUCGUGACUCUCGAGCUCGACUAUAAUCAUCUCCACAAUCCCAUUCCUUCCGAAUUUGGGUCACUGUCGAAACUCCAGAAGCUCUCCCUUCCGAACAACAAUCUCAUGGGACCAAUCCCCGCUUCCAUCGGAAACCUUUCCAACCUCGAAGAGCUUCAUCUAUGGAGCAACAACCUGACAGGAGGAGUUCCCAUUUCUAUAAGCCAAACGAGGCUUAAAAUUUUCGAGGCUGGUGAAAACCAGCUGAUAGGUGGCUUCCCCUCAGCUCUUUACAACUUGUCAUCCCUCAAUACCAUAAUUUUGACCCAGAGCCAGUUCUCUGGUAGUAUCAGGAGAAACAUAGGCCUUCUGCUUCCAAAUCUGCAAAUUUUAUAUCUGGGAUUUAAUCAGUUCACAGGUCCCAUUCCCGAUUCACUCUCCAACGUCACCAACUUAGCAGCAAUUGAUACCCCCUUCAAUAACUUCAUUGGACAUGUCCCAGCCAGCUUCGGAGGGCUUCAAAACUUGAGCUGGCUCGGCCUUGGGUCUAAUUUUCUCGGAAGCGGCGCAACCAACGGUCUAAGUUUCCUUGCUGAUUUGGCCAACUGCAGCAACCUUGAAAUGCUGGAUUUAGAAUAUAACCAGUUCAAAGGCAAGCUGCCUGUUUCUGUUGGUAACUUCUCAUCCCAACUGAAUCAGCUACUACUGUCGGGAAACAGAAUUCGUGGUAGAAUUCCUGAAGUAAUUGCAAACCUCUUUAGUCUACAUCUAUUAUCUAUGGACGAUAACAUGAUAACAGGCAAUAUUCCAAUGUCUAUUGGGAGGCUAUCAAACUUGCAAUCUCUGAGUUUGGGCCAAAACAAUUUGACUGGAGACAUACCUUCGACCAUGGGUAACAUCACCGGUCUAAUUUUUCUGUACUUGUACAACAACAGCUUAGAAGGAAGCAUACCAUCAAGCCUCGGCGACUGCAAGCCCCUGCCACCCGAUGUUGGAAACUUAAAGAACCUCAUUUCUCUCGACGUUUCACACAAUCAAAUUUCAGGUGAGAUUCCUACAACUUUGGACAACUGUUUGGGAUUCGAAGAGCUGUAUAUGCAGUCGAACCAUUUUCAAGGACCCAUUCCUCAGUUCAAGGGGUUAGAAGGCAUCCGUUUUCUCGACCUUUCCAAUAACAACCUGUCAGGGCAAAUCCCAGAGUUUUUAGUUAACUUGUCAUCCUCGCUGCAAUUCUUGAAUCUGUCUUUCAACAAUCUCGAAGGCGAAGUACCUGUACGUGGGAUAUUUGGAAACACUAGUGCCAUUGAAGUUGACGGCAACCGAGAGCUAUGUGGGGGCAUACCUGAACUGCGUUUGCCUUCAUGUCCAGCAAAAUCGUUCCCUAGAUCGAUAAAGCAUAGAUCUUCGAAGUGGGUGGUGGACAUAAUCAUCUGUGCUUCUUGUGCAGUGGCAUUACUGUCCUUAAUAUCUCUUUUCUGGUUGAGAAACUCGAAGAAGGAACAUCUGCCUACCCGCUCCUUCGGCCAUUUUCACGAGAGAAUUUCCUAUGAUGCUCUAUUCAAAGCUACCGACGGAUUCUGUUCAAGCAAAUUGAUUGGUUCAGGUAGUUUUGGCAAUGUGUACAGAGGAACUCUUGGUCCCGACGGAAAAAUCGUGGCCAUCAAGGUUUUGAAUCUCCAGCAGAAAGGAGCUUUCAAGGGCUUCUUGGCCGAAUGCAAAGCACUCAGCAGCAUUCGGCAUCGUAACCUUGUUAAGAUCUUGACUGCUUGUUCGAGCAUUGACUCCCAUCGUAAUGAGUUCAAAGCCUUGGUAUACGAGUUCAUGGUAAACGGCAACUUGGACGUUUGGUUGCACCCAAACGAUGAACACCUGCAGUUCAAACCUUUGAGCUUCCUGCAAAGAUUGAACAUCACGAUCGAUGUGGCCUCUGCUUUGGAUUAUCUUCACCACCAGUGCCGAACUCCAAUCAUCCACUGUGAUCUGAAGCCAAGCAACAUUCUUCUCGACGAUGAUUUCACAGCUCACAUCAGUGAUUUUGGAUUGUCGAGGCUCAUUUUCAAUUCUAGCAAAGACAUCUUUUCGGGUCAUCCUAGCUCCUCUGCUUUUCAGGGAACCAUGGGUUACAUUGCUCCAGAAUAUGGAAUGGGCGUUCGUCCAUCAACAAGUGGGGAUGUGUACAGUUUCGGAAUUCUCUUGUUAGAGAUGUUCACUGGAAGACGACCGACGGACAACAUAUUUAAAGAGAAUUUUGACCUUCAGAAGUUCGUCAAGUCAGUGUUGUCAAAGCGAGCAACGGGGAUUUUGGAUCAGUCAAUUUUCUGCGGGGAAGUAGGCGAAAGCAUGGACGAGGAGGGGAUAUGGAGAGACUGUGGAAUCGACCAAGCCGAAUGUCUGAUAUCGGUUUUCGAGAUCGGAUUAAUUUGCUCAGCAGAAUCACCAAAAGACAGGAAGGACAUGAAUGGUGUCGCACGGGACUUGCUCUCAAUCAGAGACAAGUUUCUCAAAACCGGCAUCCAUGAGGAUAGAAUACAGAGCCCUGCACCAAGGGACAGGUGCGAGGAGGUGGCCUGUUCCACCUCUGGUUUUUGAGUGGGACGGGGGGAAACUGUAAAUAGAGGCGGGCA